UUCAUGUCAGCUCUGCCUUAAUUCUUUCCUGGAUCCAAGCUUGCUAGAAAAGCGGUUUAUAUUCACUUUUCUUCUAAGUUAGCAAAGCUUUCAUGAAAACAUGCUGUUCCAGAUGUGGCGUUGUGGAUGUAAUCACAUGUCUGGUACUGUUUCUGUGUCUGCUUAAUCUUUACUGCUAUCCUGUGCCAGGUCCAGAGGGUAUAUUUGGCUGAUUUGUUUUCUUGCAGUGGGAGCAUGGAUAAUAUAUAAUGAGGAUUUACUUUUUGUUGUUGUAUAUGUGAUGAUUAUUCCAGUGAUAAGGUCAAGGAACCGAGUUUUAAAAUGGAAAGAUGAUUCAUCCCACUAUUAUUUAUUGAUACCUUCUGUGUGCAAAGAACAAAAUGCUAUAGAAUGUGUCCCUAUCUGCAAAGAGUGUACAAGAUGAGGGAUGUAAGACACAGCCUUCACAAAACUCAUUUUAGGCACAGUGCCAAAUGAGUGGUAUAAAAAAUAGUGUGGGCAUUUAGGAAUGGGAAAAACCACUCUGACAUGGGAUGGCAAGGAAAAACUUCUUGGAAAAGUUGAGACUCAUGUAAGAUCAUGUAGGAUGUCUGGUUAAUGGGGCCUCUCAUCUGGGCAGAGAAAUGAACAAAACUUGAGAUGGAAUGCAUUGUACAAAUAUGAGGGCCAUUGCAUAUAUGGAAUGAGUCCACUUUGUGUUAGAGAGAAGGAAAGGAUAGGCAGGAAAUUGGAUCAGAUUGUGCAGGGUCUUGAGUUUUUUUUUUUUUUCUUCCAAAAUCAUAUUCCUUGGAAGUAUUCUAUUUCAUCAAGCAUGGGCCAUAAAUAAUUAGGGCUGGAAAAUGCUUCAUAGCUUUUCUGACAUGAAAAAAGAAACUGCUUUAUUAAUGAGCCUGUGUCUUUAUACAUUAUAUCCAUGGGUGCUAUUAACUUCAGUACUUUCUGUAUGUUUCAGACAUUAAUCUCUUACCAUGGGGGAUUGGAAUUUACUGGGUGACAUCCUAGAGGAAGUUCACUCCCACUCAACUAUAGUGGGGAAAAUCUGGCUGACCAUUCUCUUCAUUUUCCGAAUGCUGGUACUCGGUGUGGCUGCUGAAGAUGUCUGGGAUGAUGAACAGUCAGCAUUUGCCUGCAACACCCAGCAGCCAGGUUGCAACAAUAUCUGUUAUGAUGAUGCUUUCCCUAUCUCUUUGAUCAGGUUCUGGGUUUUACAGAUAAUCUUUGUGUCUUCUCCUUCUCUGGUGUAUAUGGGCCAUGCACUUUAUAGACUCAGGGCCUUUGAAAAGGAGAGGCAGAGGAAAAAGUCACACCUUAGAGUCCGGAUGGAGAAUCCAGAGCUUGAAUUGGAGGAGCAACAAAGGAUAGAUAGAGAGCUGAAGAGAUUGGAGGAGCAGAAGAGAAUCCAUAAAGUCCCUCUGAAAGGAUGUCUUCUGCGUACUUAUGUCUUACACAUCUUGACGAGAUCUGUGCUGGAAGUAGGGUUCAUGAUAGGCCAGUAUGUUCUCUAUGGGUUUCAAAUGCACCCCCUUUACAAAUGCACUCAACCUCCUUGCCCUAAUGCAGUGGAUUGCUUUGUAUCCAGGCCCACAGAGAAGACAAUUUUCAUGCUCUUUAUGCACAGCAUUGCAGCCAUCUCUUUGUUCCUUAAUGUACUGGAAAUAUCUCAUCUGGGAAUCAGGAAAAUCAUGAGGGCACUUUAUGAGAAAUCCAGCAAUGAGGACAUUGAGGAUGAAAGUGGCACUCCAUUCCAUUUGAAAAAAUAUUCGGUGGCCCAGCCUUGUAUGAUUUGCUCUCCCUUGCCUAAAAGAAUCUCUUUACUUCAAGCCAACGAUCAACAGCAAGUCUUUCAAGUCAAUGUGCUGAAGUCUAAAACCACAUGUCAAAGCCUACAGCCCAGGCAACUGGAAGUAGACCCUUGCUGUAUUAAAAAAGAGUGGACUGAGAAGGAUCAGCACAGCGGACAGCUCCAUGUCCACAGUCCAUGUCCCUGGGAUGCUACUACUCGAAUUCAGCACCAGGGACAGCAACCAGACCAUUCAUUUGGCCUAGAAAAUGUAAAGUCCCAGUCCUGGCUAUGUACAGAGAUGGCUCCUAGACAUUGCCCAUCCUAUGCAAUAGGAAUCUGGGAGCAGUCCCAGGAUCUACGACCCUCAGGAGAGCCUCUUACAGAGUUGCACAGUCACUGUAGAGACAGCGAUGGCAGCAUGAGAGAGAGUGGGGUCUGGACAGACAGAUCUCACCUGGAUAGUCGCAAGGCCAGCUUUCUGUCCAGAUUGCUGUCUGAAAAGGGACAGUUGCACAGUGACUCAAGAAGCUUCAGUUCUCAGAACAGCUCUUGCUUGGAUCUUCUGCACCGGGAAAAUAGUCCCUCGCUUCUGCCUUCUGCCACUGGGUAUAGAACAUCAAUGAACAUGCUUCUAGAACUUUCAUCUAUUAUGAAAAAAUAAUUCAUGCUUGGGGCCAGAAAAAUGGACCAAAGACCAACCAGCAUCUGCAGGAGAAAAAUUACACCUUUGUUAGCUCAAACUGCAAGAAUUGUGGGAACCAUCCCCUCCACAGAGACACCCGCCAGGCGAUGGAAGUGGAAAUGAGGCGUGGAGAUAUGAAGAGGCAUGAUCUGUUCCACAGUGAGUUGGUAGAAGAGCCAGUGAAGACCAGGUGGAUGAAAAUGAUGCUGGGGCCAAGUCCAAGUGGGUGCCAUUAAGGGGCAUACCAUAUUCCAGGUGCUCAAGAUACAUUAUCUAUACCUGUUUUAUCUACAACUGUGCAAAGUUAUUGUUUGCCCCCAUUUUAUAAACCAGAGAAGGCUCAAAGAGACUAAGUAACUUGCCCCACAGCUAAAGGUCACACAGCUAAAGCGCAUGCAGUGCAGCUGAAUUGAAACCCAGAUCCAGGUCCGGCUGUUCCAAGGCCUGGACUCCUUCCAGGAAGCUGUGAAGUCGUGUUCUCUCUCUUGUCCAUAACAAUCAGCAGUCCCCGGGCAAUGAUUUAUUUGCACAUCCAUCUGCCCAACUAACCUGUGAAAGCUACAAGGAUAAGGCCUGUGCAUUUUAAGUCUUGGAUGCCCAGCAUGCAGCGUAGUGUUGGUUGAAUGAAUGUAUGUUUAUGUAUAGAUGCCAAAGACAAUAUAGUACCCAUCGCUUUAAA